AUGGCUCGGGAAGCCGAGGACCACCGGGGGCGGGGAAAGGGCGCGCGAGCCGCAGGGCCAGGGGCCGCCCCCCGGGGCCAGGCGCGGGCCGCGCCCGGGGAGGGGGGGGGCGAGGUGGGGCGAGGUGGGGCGGGGGUGGGGCCCAGCCGGCGACCCCGGGGCCGGGGCCGGGGCCGGGGGCCGCGGACACGUUACCUGCCCGUGCAGCAAGGGGUAGUGGAGCGCGGCGGCGGCGGCGGCGGCGUGGUCUGGCGCAGAGGGCAGCGGCAGCAGCGGCGGCAGCAGGGGCUCGCCGGGGGCCGGCCAGCCGGGCGGCCCCGGGAGCAGCGGGGCGGCGGGGGGCUGCGCCGCGGCCAGCAGCACGGGCGGGGGCGCGACCCCGGCGCCCAGCCGGAGCAGCCCGGCCGCGCCGGGCACCAUCCAUACCCAGGGCGGCGGCGGCGGCGGCGGCGGGUCUGCGUUCAUCGGCCAGAGGAGAGGCUGCCGCCGCCGGGGCUGCUGCUGCUGCUGCUGCUGUUGCCGCCGCCGCCGCGGGAGCCUGGCGCCCACCAGCAUCCUGCAUCCCCGCGCGGGCGGCGGCGGCGGGGGCGGCGGGGGCGGCGGGCGCCCGAGGUGCGGGCCGGCGGCGGCGCGGGCUCCGGAGCCAACUCACUUGGUUCCGCGGCGCGGCCGCUCGCUCCGCCCCUGCCCCGCGCGGGGAGCCCCUCCUCCCGCCCGCCGCCCGCCCCCUCCGAGCGCGGCCGCCCUCGCCGCCGCCGCCGCCCCCGGGGCCCCGGCCGGGCCCGUGCGCCCCCCCCCCCCCCCGCAGUCCCCCGCCCCUACUCGAGGCUGCGGCCGCCCGCGCCCCUGGACCCCCAGCGGCGGCGCGGGCGGAGGCGGCGGGGCGGGGUGUGGGGGGUGGCGCGGGCGCGCGGACCCGGGUCCCGCGGAUCGCGCCCCCGGCUCCCGUGCGGCGCGGGAGGCCGCCGAGUGGCGCGGACGGUGCGCACGGAGGGGCCCCGAGCUCGGCCGGGCCCGGGAGCGGAAUCCACGCGCGGCGGCCAGCGGAGGCCAAGGCGGCGGCGGUGGAGCCGGGCGGGGCUGGGGGCGCGAGCAGGCACCGCGCCAGCCGCCCUCUGCCCGGAUUAA